CCCCCUCCCGUGUGCGCUCAGUGUGUUGUGCCGGGCGGGGCGAGGGUUACCUCCUGGCCGGUGCCCGGGUAUAUAUGGCGCAGCCGGGGCACAACAUGCAGUGGACGGGCCGGCAGCUGAUCAGGAGACAGCCCCGUGUGUGAGCGCCAGCAGUGCCCCCCUGUCCCGGGACGAGACUCUGCAAGUUGUGUUGUGAGCGCUGGGACAUGGGCAGGAGGAGAGCCCCCCGCAGCCGCCAGUAACGCCGCCCGCCCGGGAAGUGACCGCAGACAGCGCCCGUCCUCAGCAGCCCGCCGGAGCCGCGGUACCGGAGACUCCCGCAGUAUGAACAUCGUCCUGGAGUUGUUCGUGGUGACUUUUAAGGUCCUGUGGGCCUUCGUGCUGGCGGCGGCCAAGUGGCUGGUCCGCCCCAAGGAGAAGAGCGUGGCCGGGCAGGUGUGCCUCAUCACCGGGGCCGGCAGCGGGCUGGGCCGCCUCUUCGCCCUGGAGUUCGCCCGGCGCCGCGCGCAGCUCGUGCUCUGGGACAUAAACACUCAAAGCAACGAGGAGACGGCGGGGAUGGUGCGGCAGAUCUACCGGGAGCUGGAGGCGGGGGACGCGCUGCGGGCCAGCAACCCAGUGGAGGAAGAGGUGCUACCAUGCCCCAAUCUCCAGGUCUAUACCUACACGUGUGACGUAAGCAAGCGAGAGUGCGUCUACUCCACCGCUGAGAAGGUCCGCCGGGAGGUCGGAGACGUCUAUCUUCUGCUCAAUAAUGCUGGUGUUGUCUCGGGGCACCAUCUCCUUGAGUGCCCAGAUGAACUGAUUGAAAGGACUAUGAUGGUUAAUUGCCAUGCACACUUCUGGACCACAAAGGCAUUCCUUCCCAAAAUGAUGGAAAUGAAUCACGGCCAUAUUGUUACAGUUGCCAGUUCUCUAGGUUUGUUCAGCACAGCAGGGGUAGAGGAUUAUUGUGCUAGCAAGUUUGGUGCUGUGGGUUUCCACGAGUCGCUCAGCCACGAACUGAAGGCUGCAGACAAAGAUGGGAUUAAAGCUACGCUGGUCUGUCCCUAUCUGGUGGACACAGGCAUGUUCCGGGGUUGCAGAAUCAGAAAAGAAAUUGAGCCCUUCCUCCCGCCCUUGAAACCAGAUUACUGUGUGAAGCAGGCCAUGAGAGCCAUUCUAACAGACCAGCCGAUGAUCUGUACGCCGCGACUCAUGUACAUCGUCACCUGCAUGAAAAGCAUCUUGCCGUUUGAAGCUGUGGUCUGUAUGUACCGGUUCCUGGGAGCAGACAAGUGCAUGUACCCCUUUAUUGCUCAACGGAAACAAGCCACAAAUAACAAUGAAGCUAAAAAUGGAAUUUAAAGUUAUAAUUUUUUUUAUCAUUUAGUUCAACUCUUUCUUGUGAUCAGACUGACCUUCUUUUUGAACGUUCAACACAUUGGAAGACUGAGUUGGGAAAGGCACUUGUGCGUCAAAUCUUUUCUUUUCUUUUUUUUUUUUUUGCUUUUAUUUUAUUCCCCCCGGUAGCACCAGGUGGACUUGUCAUACAUUGCUCCUCCAAUCUGGGUUUACACACUGUAAAUGUGACAAACUAAAGACUUGUGCAAGGCUUAACUGUAGCAAUAAGUGUUUCUGUAGAGCUGCUGUGCAUCAGCACGCCGAGGCGAACCCCUUUCCUAAAAUACAAUGUUACACUGUCCUACAGUAGAGGAAGGCAAUAAAGCUUCAAACCACACGUGUAAGCUGUUCAAAUGCAGAAGAGAAGCAAAAAUGUGUGCUUCUAACACUUGGUGUAUCGGCACACAACCGAGGCGCCAAUGGCUAGCGAUUCCGCAGAACGGUUAUGGAGUAUGCAGCCACUGCACACAACCGUUCAUGCGUUUGUUCACAUUGCCAUACAGAGAAAUGUGUUGCAGUGAAAAAAACGUGCAGGUGCAAAGCAUUUUUUCACUGAUGGUUCAGUUUUUAUCAUGCGUGUGAAAAAUGCAUUGCACCCGCACGGGAAAAACUGACUAAACUUGCUUGCAAAAUGGUGCGAAUUUCACUAAACGCAUCCAGACCUAAUCCGUAUAGUUCGUGUGAGAGUUGUGAACAUAGCCUUAGGUUGAAUUUGCACGACUGCAGAUUGGGCACGGACCGAAAAUGCAUAUUAGGCACCAUUCAUUUCUGUGGGUCCGUGAAAAAUGCAGACAGCACAUGGAUGGCAUCCAAGUCCUGUCCACAUCUGUGCAGCUGAGCCACUAAUUAUAGAACAUGUCCUACUUUUUUUUUUUUUUUUUAUGGGACCUGCCUCUGUAUCUUGCAGAGCCACGAUUUGCAAACCACAAAAUUGUAUACGCUUAUGCAAAUGUUUCCUUUAUUCCUGUUGCAGCCUAAAGUAAAUGCUGCCUGUAGCUGAAAGGAGAGAACACACGGCCUUCUGUCAGUGAUGCUGGUGCUCUGACAAUAUGGCUACUCUGCAGCAUGACUCUCAACAUGUGAUACCUGAUAAAGUUCUGUUUAUUACUAAAGAGCAUAUAUUCUGCAUCAAACACUGUCUUGGACCAUCUCCUUUAAAGGCUAAGGGCACCUUUUGGGGGCAAAUUUUUUUUUUUUCUUGUAUUAUUGUGUUCUAUAUUUUUGGAGGUUAAAGGGUGUGUUUUUUGUUUUUCCCUCGAGUUUUCACUUUUAGUGCAGCUGCAGCCUAUUGCAUCCCCCUUCAGAGCUGUUCUGAUGGCUCGAGCGGGAGUCCUUAUCUGCACUGUCCUAACAGCUCCUAAAUAAACUAGUUAUAGCUAAAUUAUUUUCUGUUUGACAAGAAUCUAGUUUAAAUGUGUGUAUGAGCCAUCGGGUAUCCAAACUGCGGCCCUCCAGCUGUUGUAAAACUACAACACCUACAAGGCCCUGCUGUAGGCUGAUCGGGCAUGCUGGGAGUUGUAGUUUUGCAACACCUGGAGGGCCGUGGUUUGAGGAUGGCUGAUCUAGAUGGAAUAUCAAGCCUUCUGACGUUCUCUGAGAAGGUCAAAGUCAGUCUGCAGAUGCACUGAAAGUAAAAGCUGGAAUGGAAAAACUGUUGCAAUAAGACAGAUUAGGAAACAAUGACUUUUAGCUUAAAGGUCCUUAGACCCGAUAGAUCAGGCACUUGGCAAGAAUGAGUUAAACGUUCCUGAUAAUUGUCUGAACAAUGAGGGUUGCAUUUACAUACAGCAAUCCUAUAGAAAUUCAUUAUUCGGGGGGCAGCAGAGCGCUGUUUCUGCUGCACAGGAAUGGUGAUUUUUUUGGG